GAGGAUAUCACUGUCACGCUCCCAUAUACUGCGUCUCCGAACUCCUCUCAUUCCAACGUGAAUAUUUCAUUUGAUUUUGCCACACAUAUAACCCACACCUGAGGUAUCACACCAUGUUGCACGUGGACUGUGCAACAUUAUAUCAAUAUGUACUUCCUGGGAUAUGUGCAUACAACACACAGUCUGGCGUACAGGUAUGAGUGAGAAGCUGAGCUACUGCGCUAUGCACGCGGUGAGUUGAGAGCUGUAUCAGGCGCAGUCAGCGGUGGACCGCGCGCCAGCGAGGCUGAUCAGUACCUUGGUGGCUUGGGUAGCGAGUACCACAAGCAUCUAAGGUCCACCUCUAAGUCCUCCUUAGGUUCGCUGACAAGCUUCACAUCCAAGGUCCACCUCGAAGGUCCACCUCGAAGGUCCAGAUUUAUGUAAAUUUGUUUAAUUGUGCUGCACUCAGGUGUGCUAACGACGAUGGUGGUGACGCUGGACGAGGCCGGGGACGUGCUACUAUGUGGAGGCGUGAGCGCUGCUCUCUGCUCCCUCCUGCACCUGCUGGGACUAUCCUGUUCCACCUGCUGGCUCCUCUUCACUACCAUCUGGCUCUUGACUGGCGUCACCUGCUUCCUGCUCUCUACUCUCAAGGUGUGUUGCGAGGGGAAGGUGGUGCUCGUCACCGGCUGCGACUCUGGCUUCGGCAACACCCUGGCGCUACACUUGGACAAGCUGAGGAGCUAUGGGGCCUGGUGAACAACGCUGGCAUCUCUACCUUCGGCGAGGUGGAGUGGGUCCCGGACGCCACCUACAGGAAAGUACUAGAGGUGAACCUAUUGGGCACCGUCGCCGCCACCAAGACCUUCCUGCCUCUCAUCAGGAGAGCCAA